CUCAAGGACCUGGAGGGGCCUGUGUCCCUGGCAGGCGCCAGUCCUCCCUCCCGGGCACAGGGAGGAAGCCAGAGGGUUGGAAAAUGUAGAGGUGGGGGAGGAGGGGUUCCCUCCACUUCCCUCCACCGUCCCUGCAGCACCCCAUCCAUACGUACUCCUCACAACCCUCCCUAAGAAGCCCAAAAAUCACGGGGCCAAGGAUUAGGGUGUCCCCUGGGUCUCAAAGGUCAAAACUAUUCCUGGGCACGGUGGAAACCGAGGCAGGACUUCUCCGCACAAGGAUGCAGCUGGAGGGCUCCCUCAGAGCCACCAUGAGCGAGGCCUUCGACUGUGCAAAAUGCAGCGAGUCCCUGUACGGCCGCAAAUACAUCCAGACAGACAACGGCCCCUACUGUGUGCCCUGCUAUGACAACACCUUCGCCAACACCUGCGCUGAGUGUCAGCAGCUUAUUGGGCAUGACUCAAGGGAGCUGUUCUAUGAAGACCGCCACUUCCACGAGGGCUGCUUCCGCUGCUGCCGCUGCCAGCGCUCCCUAGCCGAUGAGCCCUUCACCUGCCAGGACAGCGAGCUGCUCUGCAAUGACUGUUACUGCAGUGCCUUCUCCUCCCAGUGCUCCGCCUGUGGGGAAACCGUCAUGCCCGGGUCCCGGAAGCUGGAGUAUGGAGGCCAGACGUGGCAUGAGCACUGCUUCCUGUGCAGUGGCUGUGAGCAGCCACUGGGCUCCCGGUCCUUUGUGCCCGACAAGGGUGCUCACUACUGCGUGCCCUGCUAUGAGAACAAGUUCGCUCCUCGCUGCGCCCGCUGCAGCAAGACACUGACACAGGGUGGCGUGACAUACCGUGACCAGCCCUGGCAUCGAGAAUGCCUGGUCUGCACCGGGUGCCAGACACCCCUGGCAGGGCAGCAGUUCACCUCCCGGGAUGAUGACCCCUACUGUGUGGCCUGUUUUGGAGAACUCUUUGCACCCAAGUGCAGCAGUUGCAAGCGCCCCAUCACAGGACUCGGGGGAGGCAAGUACGUGUCCUUUGAAGACCGCCACUGGCACCACAGCUGCUUCUCCUGCACCCGCUGCUCCACCUCCCUGGUUGGCCAAGGCUUCGUGCCAGACGGAGACCAAGUGCUGUGCCAGGGCUGCAGCCAGGCAGGGCCCUGAGCCUGGGCCCCAGGCCCUCCCAAACCAGGGCUCUAGGACUAAGGCUCCUUUUCCAAACCAUCUCUGGGACCCAGCCCUUCCCCAAAUUGGGGCUCCCCCUGGGCUCCAGGAUUCAGCCUCCCUACUCCAACAUCCCUGGAACUGGUACUCCCUGACCCAGGGCCCCCAAACCUGGGCUCUUAUGAGCCUCCAUGAUUCAAAUCCCCUCCCCAAGCUUGGACUCCAGAACUCUCCUCUAUAGUCUGUGUUCCCAGACCAAGCCCCUUCCCCAAAUAAGGGCUCUAGACCCCCAGCCCUCCAAACCUGGACUCUGGGACCCAGGCCCCCUUCAAUCUAGACUUCUCUCCAAAGACUAGGCCUCCUGUGGGUGCCUGAGCAGCCCUCCAAGGUGGACUAUACUCAGGCUUGACCCUCCCCACCCCAUCCCACCUCUACCCACAGGGCUGGGGCUGUCUGGACAGCAGAACAGGGGUUCACUGGUUAGGGGGUCCUAGGGUACAGGGUUUUGCCCAGCCCAUGUCCGAUGAGUAUUUUCUCAUUUCAUUUCAGCUUCGUUUUGCCCAGAGAUGGGCAGAGGGGUGGGAUUGGCUCACCCCCUUCCAGAUUCUGCAAUAAAGCAGUGUGAGGAAGUGAA